AUUUUGAAUUAAAUCAUGAUACACAGUCUUUUCAUCAUAAACAACACAGGGGAUGUGUUUAUGGAGAAACACUGGAAGAGUGUGAUACACAAAUCUAUUUGUGAUUAUUUCUUUGAAUCGCAAACAAAGGCAGGUUCAGUGGAUGAUGUUCCACCUAUUAUACCAACCCCUCACCAUUAUCUUAUCAACAUAUACAGAAAUCAGCUCUAUUAUGUUGCUGUGGUAACUACAGAAGUGCCUCCAUUAUUUGUGAUAGAGUUCCUGCACCGUGUGGUAGACACAUUUGAAGACUACUUCCAGGGUUGUAGUGAAAGCAUUCUCAAAGAAUACUAUGUCAUAGUUUAUGAGUUGUUAGAUGAGAUGUUGGACAAUGGUUUCCCACUAGCUGUAGAAUCAAAUAUCCUAAAAGAGUUGAUUAAACCACCAAACUUCCUCAGAACAAUAGCAGACACUAUAACUGGAAAAACUACAGGGUAACUUAACUGUUUAGGGUUUGGGGAAAAAUUAAACCUACCCGGUAAACUAUCUAACGUACCAUGGAGGCGUACAGGAGUAAAAUACACCAAUAAUGAAGCAUACUUUGAUGUUAUAGAAGAAAUAGAUGCUAUCAUUGAUAAAUCUGGAACAACUGUUAUAGCAGAAAUACAGGGAUAUAUUGAUUGUUUAGUAAAGUUGUCAGGAAUGCCAGAUCUGACCUUGACAUUUGUAAACCCUCGACUGUUAGAUGACAUCAGCUUUCAUCCAUGUAUAAGAUUUAAAAGAUGGGAGAAUGAGAAAAUACUGUCAUUUGUUCCACCAGAUGGAAAUUUCCGACUCCUAUCAUAUCACAUAGGUUCUAACAAUAUGGUGGCCAUUCCAGUGUAUUUGAAACAUAAUAUAUUCUAUAGAGAAGGCAGUGCUGGAAGGUUUGAUGUCUCUAUUGGUGCUAAAUCUACUAUGGGCAAAACUGUAGAGAACUUAGUUUUGGAGUGUCCAUUCCCAAAGUCAGUAUUAAAUGUGACUUUGACCCCAAAUCAGGGUAAAUAUUCAUUUGACCCUACAACAAAGAUUAUGACAUGGGAUGUUGGUCGACUGGACACAACUAAAAUGCCAAAUCUGAAAGGAACAAUUAACUUACAGACUGGCUGUCCAGUGCCUGAAAGUAAUCCUACAUUGUCACUACAAUUUACAAUUAGUACACUGGCCAUCUCAGGAAUAAAAGUGAACAGAUUGGACAUGUAUGGGGAGAAAUACAAGCCAUUUAAAGGUGUGAAGUAUAUUACCAAAGCUGGAAAAUUCCAAGUGCGUACAUAGUUAAUGUGUUCAGGGAAUGUGCAAUAUAAGUGAUCGAAAAACAUUUUAAUCAACUUACAUUACAUAACUUUUGCAAUGGUAUUGAUCAACUUUCAAUUCGGAUUUGUUCAAUGUUGCAUUAAGGGAUUUUUAUAGAAAAAUUAUUAAAAUGAGUACCUUAUACUGAAGUUCAAUCAGACUGAAUAAAUAUGCAGGUUUUCCUGACUUAUCUCCAGUUGUACUGACUAUUUUAGUAGUACUAACUUAUCUCUAGUGGUACUGACUUAUCUCUAGUUUUACUGACUUUACUGUACUUUUACUGACUUUACUCUAGUUGCACUGACUUUACUCAAGCUUUACUGAAUUCACUCAAGCUUUACUGACUUCACUCAAGCUUUACUGACUUGACUCAAAUUGUACUCUUUACUGUAGUUGUGCUAACUUUACUCUAGUUAUGUUAACUUUCUAGUUGAACUGACUUUUAACUCUAGUUGUGCUGACUUAUCUUUAGUUAUGCUGACUUUACUCUAGUUGUACUGACUUUACUCUAGUUGUACUGACUUAUCUCUAGUUGUACAGACUUUACUCUAGUUGUACUCACUUAUCCUUAGCUAAAGUGACUUUACUCUAGUUGUACUGACUUUAUUCUAGCUGUGCUGACUUUCUAGUUAUACUGACUUUACUCUAGUUGUACUGACUUAUCUCUAGUUGUACUGACUUUACUCUAGUUGUACUAAGUUAUAUCUAGCUAAACUGACUUUACUGUAGUUGUGCUGACUUUACUCUAGUGGUACUUACUUAACUAUAAAUUGAACUGACUUUACUGUAGUUUUGUUGACUUAACUCUAGCUAUACUGACUUAACUCUAUUUGUGCUGACUGAUUCCUUGUCGCGCUAACUUUACUUUACCUAUAAUGACCUAACUUAAGUUGCUUUGAAAAGGCACAUUUUCAUUGUUUAAAAUACAAUAAAAUUGUUGUGUUUAUAUUUGAUAAUCUUGAAUUGCUUUUUGUAAUAUAGUACAAAACAGGAUAAAUAUAGAAAGUGUAAUGUGGUAUUAUGAAACAGUGAAUAUUUCUGAUAAUUCAUUUACUUUAUUAAAGUGACAUUAUGCUCAUUUUUAGCUCGACUAUUCGAAGAAUAUGAGAGCUAUUGUAGUCGCCCCGGCGUCGGCGUCCGCGUCGGCGUCUGCGUUGGUUAAAGUUUUUUGUAAAGUCAAAUAUCUCAAUUAUUACUUGUGAUAUUCAAUUGAAACUUACAAUACUUAUUUAUAGUAACAAGGUACAUCAGAUUGACAAGUUAGAUAACUCUGCCUACAAUAUUGACAGAAUUAUGCCCCUUUUUAACUUAGAAAUUUUGGUUAAAGUUUUUUGUAAAGUCAAAUAUCUCAAUUAUUGCUUGAGAUAUUCAAUUGAAACUUACAAUACUUAUUUAUAGUAACAAGGUAAUCAGAUUGACAAGU